CAACUGAUCUGCAACGCAAUGCUAUGUUGCUCUAGCGCGCGUCUCAGUUCCUGUUUUGGCACUCGUUCCUGAUUAGGUGAGGACGAUUCCAGCUGGUGCUGUGUUCGCGCCAUCUUGCUCUGCUCCAGGAGGACGAAGAUUCACGCUAUGAAUCUCUCCUGCUUCCUCGACGACCGCUAUCACUGUCACGCCUAGCGCACUUUAGGUUUUCCGGUCAUGAAGAAGAUGAACCCAUAUGAAGCGGCAGUUACACCAGAAAUCGUGACGCUAGCCACAUACGGCUCCACGAUUCGCCCACGUGCCAACUCGAGCCACAGUCGCACCACCAACAAGGAGCGGAAAAGCUCAGAUGCUCCGCUAAUACAGGCUAAAGUAAGCUCAACUCCGCGCAACAAGAUGACGGUUGUCGGUGCCUCCAUGCUGCUCUUCGCGUCAGCCUUCGCGCUGGUUAAUAUGGCUCGGAUCCCCGUUUACGAUGUGGAUCUAAUGAGCACGAACUCAAUGCCUGUGGCACCAUCGACGGACCCCGCGCCGCCUUCUCAGAUCCACGUCGCAUUUGCUGAGGAAGUGGAAGUCAAGGGUUAUUCAGCUAUUAGGACAGUGAAUACGGCGGCGCUCGAGAUCCGGUUGGGUAUGACAAUUUCAUGGGCGACGAAUAUGAAGACUAGAACGUCCUCGGUGCGCUACGGAUUGUCCAAGGACGACCUGUCGAUGGUGCAGCAAUCCAUGGAACCCUGCGAGCAAUACGACUUCUGCUCGUAUACGUCGCCGUGGCUGCACCAUGUGACCAUCCCCGGUGACAAACUCGAGCCUAACACAAAUUACUACUACCGAUGCGGAGAUGAAACUGGAGGGUGGAGCGCCGUGUAUUCAUUCAAGACGGCUGUACCGGUUGGAAAUGAGGCCCCGCAGACAUUCGGUGUUAUUGGAGAUCUCGGUCAAACCGAGUACUCGCAGCAGACCAUUCGUCACCUCAGUAGUUAUCACUCCAAGAUGAGUGCUAUCGUCUGUGCUGGUGAUCUGUCGUAUGCAGACAGUGAGCAGUACCGAUGGGAUCGGUGGGGAGAACUCAUCGAGCCGCUGAUCGCCCGCAUGCCUUGGAUGAUUGCACCGGGCAACCACGAAGUGGAACGUCCUUGUCAAUCGGAUGUGAGCGAGUUCGUAGCGUAUCAGACACGUUUCCGCAUGCCGUACGAUCGAAAGGACGUUCUUCAGCGUCGCAAUUUAUACUAUGGAUUCCGCGUUGGCCUCGUGCAUUUCAUCAUCGUGACGCCAUACGUCGACUCAACUCCGACAUCGCUGCAGUAUGAGUGGGUACAGCAAGAGUUCCAGCGUGUUGACCGUAGCGCCACCCCUUGGCUGGUGGUGAUCAUGCAUGGGCCAUGGUAUAACAGCAACACAGCGCACCAGGGACUCGAACCGCACAUGAUCAUGAAGAAUAAUAUGGAAGACAUUCUGUACCGGAACAAGGUGGACGUCGUGGUCGCAGGACAUGUCCACGCCUAUGAACGUAGUCAUCCUGUUUACAAGGAGAAGGUAGUUGAAGACGGCCCAGUUUUCGUCGUGCUCGGCGACGCCGGUAACCGCGAAGGUCUGGCUCCGACAUACUUCGACCCGCAGCCGGAAUGGUCGGCUUUCCGCCAGGCAGAUUACGGAUUCUCGCUACUGAAUGUGGUUAACCGCACGCAUGCGAGCAUGCAGUGGUUCGAGGAUCGAGCGGAGGGCGACGCUGUCCUUCGCGACACUGUCAGUCUAACUACGUCCAAGUACCGAUCCGGAUAAAGAUCGAGAUUAAAAAGUUACCUCGCAGCAGCAAGAUUCUUGUCCGCUACCGCUGAGCUUGUUUUACGGGAUGCUUCAAUUAGGACUCGUGCAGUGACGAAAUUAUUAACUAUUGAAAAGUACGAUAUCGAAAUAUUGUUGCUUGCAAACAAAUAUAUUCUAUACUAUACUACU